UGUCCCUACUUCUCUUACUUGUCUAAGAAAAUUGUCGACCAUAUAACUUUUCUUUGGUGUUUGGAUAAGGAGGACAUGUUGGUCGCAGAUUGUGUCCCAUAUAUUUCUUGGCUUACAUUGUGAUUAAUGCUUUGAACACACUGUAGUGUGCUAAAUAUGUAUGCAGAUAUAUCGACAUGCCUUUAAUAUAUACUCUCUUUGCAAUGAAUUAUUAUACACUAUUUUCUUGAAAGCGAGCGCGCUUUUGAUUGGACUUAUCAUUUAUCUGCAGAUUUUGCUGGACUCUCAGGUUAAUGGUACUAGUGAUGCUACCACCAGCAAAAGGUCAAGAAAGAAAAAGACACUGGCUGAGCUGAAAAUGGAUGAGAUCUUGCUAAUUAAGGAAAGAAAGCAAUUGAAGAAGGAAGUGGCUUUACUACGCGCUAGUGUGGAGAAUCAGAGGGAUACAAAUCAAAAAUUGAAAAGAAUGAAGCUUGAUGUGCUCCCUCAGCAGGCAAAUGAAAGAGGUACAACUGUUUCAUAUGAUGGGAGUUCGGGUCAGUAUCAGCAAGAGGUUCUUCCAAGCUAUCCAGCCAUUUCCAUCUUACUGGAAAAAGUUGCAAACAAGGUUGCAGUAUCGCCAUCAUCUCUGGAAAAGCAGCAAGAUUUCGCAGCUUUGGAGUCCAAAUUUGUACUCCCAGACCUCAAUAUUCCAUUUGGCGAGGAUUCUGGCUCUGACAUUCUCUGGGGGUGAACUGAAAUACUUCUGCAUAACAGGGGAUCCUCCAACACAGAAAGACAAGUAUAAACUAGUAAGGGCUAACCCUGUUAUAGGAUGAAUUAUGGAUUCAGUAGUAAGUAAGGACUUCCUGUCCUUCACCACUUGUCGCACAGAAGCUGCCAAAGUGGAUUUUUAGUGAUGAAGGUACUGAGGAUAGUUAGGAUCUGUGAUAUUUCUUUGAGAAGAUGUCAACCAUAGGUUAGAGAUCCUAACUUACUAGUUGCAGUAGACAUUUUUUUUUUCCUGACAGGUUUCUUCAGUGUCCGAUUCUUUGGGGCCAACCCUCAUUCCUUCAUAGUUUCUCUCUGGAAAUAUCUACAGAUAAAGAUGUAACUAUUUUAUAUAUCAGUUGAUCACAUUACUUGAAUACCAUAACUCUCUUUUCUCAA